GUCGAAAUGACUCAACAUUUGCCAUAAGACAGUCACUCUUCUCCUUUAUACCUCUCCCAAUAGAGAUUCUUUUCUUCAACCAGACAAUCUUUCACUAUGGCGACAAAGAAUGCACCCAAGGCCAAGAAGGCCCCCAAAGUCAAGCAAAUGGAUCUACCCAAUGCCGCCGCAGGCGUCGUCACACGCUUUCCUCCAGAACCCUCCGGAUACCUUCACAUAGGGCACUCGAAAGCUGCUCUUCUCAAUGACUUCUUUGCUCACACUCAGUAUCCUGGUGGCAAGUUGAUCUUGAGGUUCGAUGACACGAACAUUGAGAAGGAGAAUGUCGAGUAUCAAGAUGCAAUACGCGAGGACGUUGCUCUACUAGGGAUUCAACCCGACACAAUCUCUUACACGAGCGACUACUUCGACCAAAUCGAUGAGUACUGUGUCAAGAUCAUCAAAGUCGGAAAGGCCUACGCUGACGACACCCCGGGCGACGUAAUGAGCGCACAAAGAUUGGCACGUGAGCCUAGUGUCCACCGAGACGACAGCGUUGAGGAUAACUUAGCAAGAUACGAGGAGAUGAAGAAAGGCACCGAAGAGGGAAAGCGAUGGUGUAUUCGAGCAAAGAUCUCCUAUGCUAACGACAACGCCGCACUUCGAGAUCCGGUGAUUUUCCGAUGUCCCAAGAAUAACACUCACCACCACCGAACAGGCGACAAAUACAAGGCGUACCCAACCUAUCAAUUUGCUUGCCCGAUUGUGGACUCUAUCGAGGGAGUGACCCACGCCCUGAGGACGACUGAGUACAAUGAUCAAGAUGCGCAAUACAAAUGGAUUCUCAAGGCCAUCGAUUUGCGGUGUCCCUAUAUCUGGACUUUCUCCAAGAUUCAGUUCGUGCGCACGCUGAUGUCGAAGCGAAAACUGACGAAACUGGUCAAUGCCGGUAUUGUGUCAGGCUGGGACGAUCCCCGCUUCCCAACCGUUCGAGGUAUCCGGCGGCGCGGCAUGACUGUCGAAGGUUUGCGGGAUUUCAUGAUCAGUCAGGGACCGAGCAAGAAUGUGGUCAAUAUGGACUGGCAUACUAUCUGGACCAUGAACAAGAAAGUGAUUGAUCUGACAAGUGCGCGAUACACUGCGAUUGACGACAACCACGUCCUUUGCAAAGUCAAAGGCGUGCCAAAGGAAGCGCCCUAUUCAGAGAUAAAACCCAGACACGCGAAAUAUGAUCUCGGAGAGAAGAAGGUUUGGUACAGCUCUAACAUCAUCAUCGAGCAAGAGGAUGCGCGGACCUUCGCCAAAGACGAAGAAAUCACGCUUAUGAACUGGGGAAACGCGUAUGUGCGGGAUAUCCAGUAUGAGAAAACCACCGACAAAGCAGACAUCACCGACGGUGUAAACGCAUUGGGCAACGUUGCUUCCCUCGAACUCGAACUUCACCUCGACGGCGACUUCAAAGCCACAAAGAAGAAGAUCACGUGGCUUUCCAAAGACCAGGACCUCUGCCCGGUCCAACUCGAAGAUUUCGAUCAUUUACUCUCCAAGGACAAGCUGACAGAGGAGGAAGAAACUCACUGGGAAGACUUCCUGACCCCCAAGAGCGAGUUCAAAUCUACCGCGUUGGCUGACUGCAAUGUAUGGGACGUCAAGGAGGAUGAUAUCAUUCAAUUUGAUCGCAAGGGCUACUUUAGAUGUGACAAGGCGCCAACGAAGGAGUCAAAGGGUGUCUUUUUCAAGGUACCGACGGGCAAAGAAUAAAAAUAGGGUGAAGAUGAGGAAAGGAACAAAAAAGCUCCGCAGACCAAAUGAGGAUGAGUGAUGAUUUCGAGGGUAGAAAAUGCCCAGUCAAGAUACGGCAAGACACCUGGAGCGCUGCGCUAGAGCGUACAACGCUUUGCUAUGAUUGCUACCUGUGACGCUACGGCGUCUUCUUGAGCUUGGGUCAUCAUGCUAGAUAGACAUGGUUCUCAUGCUGCUGUCAUGAAAAGUCACGAGAGAUUACACGCUGCGAUCAAGAAUGAGAUGACGCAAAGAUUAAAGAAUCUAUUUGAGCUCUGUUUUUCUGUAGUCUUGAUGCUGAGCCUCUGUUCUGGACACGACGGGAACCGUUGACAGAGUGUCUUGAACAGGGCUAUAUAUCGAUAUCUUGUCUAUUGCGG